CUACUGCCUACGAUAGGUACUGUUAACAGCAACGCAUUAAAAAAAGUAAAUAAAAAUGUGCGAUUUCAUAAAGAAGAUUAUUUAUCUAUACCUUCUUCUUUUCUUUCUUUUUUACUAGGAUUUAUUGAUGGAGAUGAGUAUAUACAUUCUGUUCUUAAUAUAGGUAAAAUAACUAUAUACAAAGAUAAUAGAAGUCCAACCUGUAAGUUAAUUAUUAACAAAACCGAUCUACAAGAAGUUUUAUUUCCAUUGUUGUUACACCAUAACCUAUUUUUUUUAACUGAAACAAGAAAUAACCAAUUUAAUACUGCUAUGCUAAUAUUAGAACAAGACAUAAAAAGGUUCGAUAAUAUACCUAAUAUAAUUGGUUUCACAAUGGCAGAAGGAUCAUUUUUCAUAAAAAGCAAUAAUGACGGUUGUUUUCAAUUGAAACAAAGAAUACAUACUAGUUUAUUUGAAUCAUUUAAAUUAGUAUUUAAUACUGAUAGAAAAAUAGAUAUUGAAAAAAACAUGUAUAAUCAAUUUUCUGUUAGUUCCAAAAACGAUAUACAAACUGUCAUAAAUUUCUUUUCUUUUUCCGGUUUACAUCCUUUAGUAGGACUAAAAGGAAUUUCUUAUCUAAAAUGA